AUGGAAUUGAACUUUCAAAACAAUUAUGAGUUCUCAUCUUCAUCUUCAUCGUCUUCCAAGAAAGGCCGAUUCAGCAGCACAAAUGGCCGGAAUUCGAGUAGAAACAAGUUUGUCGGUGUUAGACAGCGGCCCUCCGGCAAAUGGGUGGCGGAAAUCAAAAACACCACUCAGAAAAUCCGGAUGUGGCUAGGGACUUUCGACACGGCGGAGGAAGCCGCCAGAGCCUACGAUGAGGCGGCGUAUUUACUCCGGGGAGCCAACGCCAGAACCAAUUUCAUCCAUCAUGUGCCGAUCAAUUCUGCUCUCUCUCUCAAAAUCCGAAACUUGCUUAAUCACAAGAAAUGCCUUCGACAAAACGCCACCGCCAAAAACACCACCACAACCACCACCCAAACAAGUACUCCGGUGACCCCGCGACGUGAUUCAGUGAGUUGUACGGUACAAGUCAACAAUGCAAAGAAGGAAAAUUUCUCAUCUGGGUAUCAAGGAAUUGAGGUGUUUGAUGAUGGGUAUAAGCCAGAUUUGACGAAUUGCACUGGGAGUGUCGAGAUCGGCGAUUCAGGUGGAGGUUUUUAUUAUGGAUUACAGUCUGAUUUGCCAUUGACCACUGGGAAUGGAUUCGAAGGGUUUAAUAUAGGGCCAAUUUCGAAAAAGGGUGAUGAAGAUGGCGAAAGUACGAGUGAUUUCGAGAGGCUGAAGGUGGAGAGACAGAUAUCGGCAUCACUGUACGCCAUGAAUGGGGUGAAUGAGUACUGGGAUAAUGUUCUUCAUGAUUGCGGCGAUGGUGGUUCGUAUUGGGAUCUACCAUUGUUGUCUCAGAUGUUCUGCCCAAUCACUUAG